AUGGCUACUGAGACUUAUGAAUUGCCAAGGCCGGGCGAUGUGGUAAUUUUAGUUAUGGGAUUGACAGGGUCAGGGCAGUCGAGGUUCAUAAAUCAAUUCCAGUUUGAUCGAUCUGUCAAGAGGACCUCACCUCUAAACUCACGGACAGAGAGAGUGAAGACCUAUAAAUGUUGGGAUCCUGAAUUCGAGACUUUCUGGAUCAUCGACACUCCGGGCUUCACCAAAGCGUUGCACUCUGAUGUCGAAAUCCUCCGCGAUAUUGCUGGCUGGUUGAAACGCGCCUGCCUCGAGGGAAUCCAAGUAACCGGUAUUUUGUACCUCAAUUCCAGCCCCCGCGGUAUAUCGAGGCCAAAGAGAAUCGAUGAUCUGUACUUGCUCAUCGAGCUCUGUGGAGAACAGGCACUGCGAAGGGUUAUUCUUGUGACCAAUUUCCGGGACAAGGUGGAUGCAACGGGGGAGGACACGCGCCAGCAAGAACUUGAAGAUUCCCAGCUAUUCGAGUCCGUGUCCAUAAACGGGUCCAGAAUUUUCAGGCAUACGAACGGGACGGCAACAGCUAGGCAGAUUGUCCGACAUCUUCUUAGCAUUAGGACGGGGCAUGAACCAGGCACAUAUCUCCAGAUUCAAAAGGAAAUGGUUGAUGAAGGGAAGGAACUUGACCAGACAAGAGCCGGACAAUCGAUGGUGGUUAGUCUCGCAUUGCUGCGCGAGGUGUCUGCGGAAUUUCGUCGCAAACUUAAAGUGGAGUUACAGAGUUCUUUAGCCAAUUCGCGUCGCGAACUAUCUCACCACCGACAUCAAAAACUGGAGGUUGAGCAAGUAUUGGAUGCUGCUUUGCCGGGUGACUCCCCACACCUGAAACAGAUGGCAGUGCAUUCAGACUCUGGAUAUGGGACUGGCGGUGACUUCGAUGAAGAUGGGCAAACGCGUAAAGAGGCCCUUGAUUCCGACAGAGGACGCGAGAACACCAUCUCUUUGCGGGCCCCCAGCCAUUUCAGUACCGAUGCAGAUGUCCGUAUCAGCCGGGGAAGCAAUUAUCUGGAAAGCACGGCUGUUGACCCGGAUAUAUUACAGCGAAUGACCCCGAAUGACGAAGACAUAGGCUCGCGCAUAGGGGUUACCAAAUUGCCUCCAGUCCUCACAGCAGAGAAACACCUCGAAGCAUGUUUGUUGAGCAACGACGAACUCCUGACCGCAUUCCGUCAAAUUUCACAGCGGCCUAAUGUUCAAGACCUUUGUGCUGAUAUCCGAGAGCAUCUCAAAUAUUAUCAAAUCGAUUUAAGAGCUCAGGCAUGCACAAGGCUAGAGAAUGCUAGUGCUAGCCUUCUCCGGGGUCAUUGGUACAGAGAAAGAAUAGCGAAGAGGAUGGCCUGCAAAUUAACCGGGUCGGCUGAAGACGAAGAGGAGGAGCAAGACGAUGAUGAAGGGGACGUGCGCACCAGGGAGUCCUUGCUUGACCUUGAAGAAUGGAUUCGCGGCAACCAGGGUUUUAGCGAUCCCAACGAAGGCGGCGUUCUUCCGGCGGAUAUGCAGCAGGAUACACCUGAAGACCGCCCCAACGACAGUCCCGACGAUCUGCUUGAGGCUUUUAGCGAGCUGGAUUAUGUGAAGCGCAUGGAGCACUUCAUCUUCAGGGGCACUCCUUUUAAAAAACUACUCGAGCGAAUUCAGAUGCAGGCAGUCACUCCGCGUUAUUACAGCCUGCGUCGCACUCUGAUGACUCUACCAAAAGAGAGCAUCAGCUUUUAUUCCAUUAUUCAACAAAGUUGGCCCGACAAAUUGAGGCUUCGCAUCGCAAAAGCAUCAAAAGUGGAAUGGGAUUGGUGGCCUCUGCCUCCGGCCCAGGAACCUCUUCCUACUGAUCAUUGCCGCAUAUCCUGGAAAUGUCAUUGCGGGAGAUCACAUGCGACUGAUGUUCCAAAGGCAGAAGCGGAGAAAUUGUCGAAGCUCAUUGACUUGCGGGUGUCACCGUUAAGUGAUGAUCACCUUUGCAAAGGCCGUGAAAAAGGGAGACGGAGCUGGCGCCAGUUUUUACGGCCCAGAAGUUCGACCUUUCUACCAGAUGUGUCAGGGCCUGACCUCAGUUCAACCUCCUCAGCACGGAAUCAUGCGGCACAGGCUCAGACCUCGUCCACGACAUCAAUGAAUCAAGCAUCCAGCACAGGGAAGAUUCCUGGCGCAAGUGGAUCCUCGGCCCGAAAUUCAACACCAACAAUGCCCACCGGCCGAGAUCGAAAUGCAACUUUAUUUGGUAACCGGCUACAGCAGCACGCAGUGCAGAUUGGAGUUAGUAGUAACGACUUGCUCCUCGUGCUUGGAGUAAAAGGAAAGAAGCGAUGUUUAGACAUCAGCCAGAUUGAUUUCAAGAAGAAUAGAAUCGAGAAUGAUGGUCAACUCGUCGCUCAAAUCACAAAUGCAUAUCAGUCCAAGCGUGGUUGGUUGAGACUAUGGUUUUCAGUGUAUCAAUUCAGGUUCUGCAGUUUCAGAAAGUUUCUCAAAUACCGCGCCGAAAGGAUCAGCUCAAUUCAGGACGGUGUUCCGGAACAUAAUCCGGAUUACGAAUAUAAGAGCGGCUCCCAAACGCCGCCCAUCGAGAGGCCGCCGAUUUCGCAGGAGGAAUUCGAGGAUUCUUUAUAUCCGUGUGCCACACCUUGCCACCUUUGGUUCUGGCCCUGGCACGAAUGUAUAGGACCCUUGACCCAGCAAAGAAUGUACGAGAGGUUGCCGAAAAAGAGGAAUUUUUGGGACGUAAAGGGAGCUACCUACAGCGAAGCUUGGGGCCUCGAGUCACGGUACAAGGCAUCCUUUGUCCACAUGCUUGCUUAUCAUCUCCUGAUGGUAGUCGGCCCUUUCGGCUUCUGGGGAUGGUGGCAGAGCAGACACCCGGAUGAUAUGCAAGGCGCUGCCGUUCCACUGACAAUUGUGCUUGCGCUAAUGUCAAUGUUCUGGUCAUCUAUUGGUCUCUUGCGGUUACCGGAAGAAGGAACAUACCAGGGGCCUCCCACGAUGAGCUAUGUGCAGAGCAAUUUAGUUCUGCAAAGGCCGUCUGUAUAG